GAAGUCGCCGGGCCCCGCCCAACGCGGAAAUCAAGAGCCCCCGCCCCAACAUGGGGUGGUGGAAGACCCCGUUUCCACCCUAGAAGUCCGCGAGACCACGCCCCCAAUGUAGGAAGUUCGCAGCACCGCCCACUGCGGAAGUCAGCAGGCCCCGCCCAACACGGAAGUGAGGAGCCCGGGCGCCAGCCCCCGCAGUCCUCUUGUCCCGCUGUGCCGGGCCGGAGUUUCCGGAAGUCGGCGCGACCGAGCCCCGCUACCCUCCGGUGCAGCGGACAGGCGCCGGCGGUCCCCGCUCGUCUCUCGCGUCGUGGGCACGCCCCUCGCGGUCUCGCCCUCUCUCCUGCUCGGCGGGCCUCCCGGAGACGGGGCCCUCGCUCGCGGCGGGCGGCAACCUGCCCCGGGCACGGCUGACCGGGACGCGGGACGGACAGCGUGCUGAGCAGACCGGCCACUGCCCCGCUCCUGUGGCGUGCAGCCCGUGUUCCAGGGAUGUACAUGCAGGUGGAGACUCGCACCAGCUCCUGCCUCCAUCUGAAGAGGGCUCCGGGCAUCCGGUCCUGGUCCCUGCUGGUCGGAAUCUCGUCCACUGGCCUGGCUGCUGCUUACUACAGUGGAGAUAGCCUGGGCUGGAAGCUCUUUUAUAUCACAGGCUGCCUGUUUGUGGCCGUGCAGAACUUGGAAGACUGGGAGGAAGCCAUCUUCAACAAGAACACUGGGAAGGUCAUUCUGAAAACGUUCAGCCUCUACAGGAAGCUGCUGACUCUUCUCAGAGCAGGCCAUGACCAGGUGGUGGUCCUGCUCAAUGACAUCCGAGAUGUGAACGUGGAGGAGGAGAAGGUCCGGUAUUUUGGGAAGGGCUACAUGGUGGUGCUCCGGUUUGCCACAGGCUUCUCUCACCCCCUCACCCAGAGUGCAGUCAUGGGCCGCCGCAGUGACGUGGAAGCUGUAGCCAGGCUCGUCAGCAGCUUCCUGGAGCUGCACCGCCUGGAGAGCCCCUCGGAGCGGUCUCAGAGCAGCGACAGCGAGGCCGACGGCCCCAGCAGCCAGAGCUGAGGCAGGCAGGUCCCGGCCGGCCCCUGACAGGGCUCCAGCCAGGUGCUUGCCUCAGACCUGCCAGACUGCAGUGUGCCCUCCCCUCCUCCUGUGCAGGCCACGUGCCUAGAACAGAGGACACCUCUUGGCGCAUCCUUCAGCACCUGAAGCCUGACAGCUCUUGUACAGUCACCAGGUUCCAGCCACUGGAGCCUACAGACCUGCAGGAGCGCACUGGCUGUUCCUCACAGAAGCCGAGUGCCAGCUGCCACUGACCUGCCCCUGCUCUGUCCACCUUUUGAGUGAACCCAGGUCCCUCCAAGUGCCCAGCCUGGCCCCUGGGGCUCUGGUCAGCCCCACGAGGCUGUGUGCCUAGGUGUGAUCAGGUGGAACUGGGAGGUCACACACCACUCAGGUCUGAGGCUCCUAGACCAGGCAGGGCAGUCAGGUUGGCACCUCCGUGAAAGCAGGGCAGGUCUUCUGCCCACCAGCUCCAAGUUGGGGGAUGUGCUCCUUUAUGCCAAAGUUGUUUUUAAAUGUUUGAGUCUGACAUGUUUUAAAUUCCCUCUAAAAUGAAAAAUUCAAAGCACA